AAAAAAGGGAACGACGCACGUGAUCAACCUCGGUUUGUGCACUGAUGCGGUCGGAUUCAGGCAAUAGAAUAUUUGCACUCGGUGUCACGAAAUUCGUGAUUUUGCUUGGCGGAAUUGGUUUCGUCGCUGGUGGGAGAAAAAUGGCGGCUGGACAGACGCGGCGAAUAACGGCAGCAUCGGCGAGGGCGCAUACGCGGAAACCGAAGCCAAAGGCUACUUCUUCAGCCACUUCAGCAGGAUGGUUCACGAAAAUGCUGCUGAUUGGGUUUGUCGGGUUAUCUGCUUGGGCUUAUCAGGCGACAAAGCCGCCACCUCCAAAGAUAUGUGGCUCCGCAGGUGGACCUCCGGUUACAGCUUCCAGAAUACGGCUUGACGAUGGGAGGCACUUGGCUUAUGAAGAAUUUGGUGUCCCAAAGGAUAUUGCAAAGCACAAAAUAGUGUUUAUCCAUGGCUUUGAUUCUUGCAGGCAUGAUGUUUCUGCAAUAACGGCAAAUCUCUCCCCGGAUUUAGUUCAAAGUAAAGGAAUCUACAUAGUUUCGUUUGAUAGACCGGGUUAUGGAGAGAGUGAUCCUCACCCUACCCGCACGGUUAAGAGCUUGGCUUUUGACAUUGAGGCGCUUGCUGAUAAAUUGGAAUUGGGAUCCAAAUUCUAUAUCGUUGGAUUUUCGAUGGGCGGGCAAAUUUCCUGGGCGUGUCUCAAACAUAUUCCUCACAGAUUGGCGGGAGCAGCUCUUGUUGCGCCAGCUGUGAAUUUCUGGUGGCGAGGCAUUCCUUCAAACGUUUCCCAACAAGGAUUUGAACUGCAGCCUGCAGCAGAUCGAUGGGUUGCUCGCGUAGCUCACUAUGUGCCAUGGCUUACCUACUGGUGGAACACCCAAAAGUUAUUCGCCAGUUCUAGCGUAAUUGCUCGGAGCGCAAGCAUACUCUCCAAUCAAGACAAAGAGCUUCUUCCGAGGAUACUGGAGAUCAGAAAGGAGUAUCUGGGAUUGCCAAGGCAACAAGGCGAGUUCGAGUCCCUUCACCGUGACGCUAUAGUUGCAUUUGGAAAGUGGGAAUUCAGCCCGGUGGAUCUCGAGAAUCCAUUUGCAGAGAGUGAAGGGUCGGGCUCAGUUCAGUUGUGGCAGGGAGAGGAAGAUGUUAUAGUUCCGGUUACCUUGCAGCGAUACAUUGCCAGCCAGCUGCCGUGGAUCCGAUACCACGAGGUGCCCGGAGCUGGCCAUCUGCUGCCAUUUGCCGAUGGAAUGGCAGAUACAAUCAUAAAAUCACUUGUAGCUUAAGGAUCGGACGUGACAAAAAACUUAUGAAACAUCCAUACUGAAUACUUCAACUGUUUACAACUCUAUGAAUGUGCUGGCAACAGGGGAGAGGUGAUUAUAAUGCAUGCAUCAAAAUACAAACAAAUUUUCGCAUAUACUUGGUUAGAAUAUAAUUAAUUGAAUUGCACUGUCUUUCUUA